CAAACUUAUAUCACACCGGCUUUCUGGCAAACAACAAAAAGGCUUUAAAAGAACAUUUCGACCUCAACAGGUGUAUUAACUCGAGGAUAAGAAAAGGCUGAUUGAAUCAGAAUUUGACCAUUCUCAUUCGGCAUUCGUGAAGAUGGGUCACGUAUGCCUACUGCUGGGUUGUGUUAUUGUCUUAUCUCUACCAGGCACCCAUGCUCUAUCUUCGUCGGAACAAACACUUCAGAAAGUUUUUGCCGAUCUGAUAAUACGGUUGAAGAAAUGGAUUCAUGACAAUGAAGAUGAACUAAAAGAAGGUAUGAGUGCGAUCCGGAAACACUUGUCGUUGUGGGGAAAGGGCCUGGGUCCGCCACGUCAAAAAUGGCAGCCGGAGAAAACCACCAACAACAUCCGGCCCAAGCCAAUCAGAAGGCCGAGUCCAACUAACAGACCACGUCCAACUAACAGACCACGCCCACUUCCUAAGUUCCCGUCCAAUCGGCCACAGAUUCCACGCUGGAACCGGAAGUCGCCUCGCCUUAUCAAGAGCCCGUAUGAUCCCGAAUAUUUCCGAAAACACCGGCGGUUUGGUCGGUCAGCUUCGUCGUCUGAGACAUUUCAACGCCAUCAGCUCAUCUCAGAGUGUCUAGAUAUUUUGUCACAGUUGUUCUCUCUCACGAAAUCCGCUCGGCGGUCACCGGGGAUAUCUGAUAAGCGCAUGGACGACUUUUUAGAGGACAAAAAACGUGAAUACGACCACAUGACGACCGAAGAGUUAAAAUUUCUGCUCAAACAGCUCCACGAAACGCAGCAGAAGGCCGAGGUGAGCAAAACAGGGGAGAUAACUGUCAACGGCAAACCCGUGAACAUUGACAACAUCGACCUAUGCUGUCCCUUCGGCUGAGUUGCUUUACUCUGCUGCAAAAGAUACUAAAAGAUGUGUGAAACCACUCAAAUACUGCUGACAUUUGAGGCAUAUGUGAGACAUGUAAGAUUCUUAGGACAUGUUUGACAUUUGUUUGUUUUCGGGGAAAACACAAAGGACUGGUGAAAAUCGAGACAUCAACUCAUACCGUUCGACAUACAUUGUCAACCAUGUUUAUUUUCGUGACACAAGGAUCAAAUCUGACAAUCAAGCCAUAAACAUAUACAUGUAUAAAGGACUAGAGCUUAACAUAAAUCAUUAAUCAAGGACAUACAAUUGGUGCAUAGCCUGUGCAUGAGUUUGGUGUAGGACCUGUGUUUGCUCCUUGAGAAACAAGAUAAAAGAUUUUGGACCCUAAAGUGACAUCUAGGACACAUAAGCCAUUUUGAGACGCGAGAUUAUCAUGCACGUGGGUUAUUUGAGACAUAAAAAUAUGUCUUAUGACACAAGCCAUAGUUGAAACACACACAUGUAAUAUAUUUGAGACAUGGGCAGCAUUUGGAACCAGUGUGGCAUUCGCUUCAUACAGCUAGUUUGUGUCAUCCGCAGGUUAGUAUCGCUUUGGUUCCUUUCCUUUUCUAGCACAUUUCUCGACUUUUCAUCCCUUUAUUUAUUACCGAAACUUCCUAAACCAAAAGAUCUUACCAAACUCUGAGAGAAUAAUGUUUAACCUAUUCUGGCUGAAGAGAAAUAUACAUCGGAAGUUUGUGCUGAUUAAAAUGGUUUCCAGGCACUGUAUCCCAUGACGUUGGAGCAUUGCCCGGUGACAUUUGGAAUGGAAAUGGAUGGAGUUUGUGGUAUCUUCAGUGCACGGGUGGACUGAAAACGUCAAGAUUGUCUCCAUGUCACAACUUGGAAGGAUUGGAAAGUCGAUUUGAGUAAAUUUUAAAUCUAGUAGAUGACAGAUCGAGUAGUGGCACUUCCUACAUAUCCGACCUAAGCAUCUACAGCUCUGGAGGAACGCCAGGAUGUACACUGAUUGUCCAGUCAAGUUCUUAUUUUUUUCGUUUUUUUUUUGUUUUUUUGUCGGAAGUUAAACGGCCUUUCUCACUCAGUUCUGAAUUGAAGAUGCGACUCUAACUGGUACCCAGGUUUGACGUUUCGGACGAGUCGGCAGAACAUGUAGUUUUCACGUCCGACCUGGUUGGCGCCAUGUCAGUAUAGACCGAGAGCGACUGUUUGUCUUUGGCAUGGCGAGUUUUGUGUGUUUAAGGACAAUGGAAAAAAUCUAAACUGAUAUAACUAUAAAGUUGUACCAAAAAUACUGUUACAGUGUUUUUAUAAACACGGUAAACUGACAAAUAUUCAGAUUUCUUUUAAUUCAAUAAAUGUUUGUAUAUAUACAUAUAUAUUCAACAAAAUUAAAAAAUGUUAACUCAGUGUCACAAUGGACAAAUUGUGGACAUAUAACUAUGAUAGUAGAUGUCUGUCAUGCUGCUAUCACCAUGGUGACAUCCCGGAACAAUAUACAUGGUAUAUCAUAGCAUCAGUUUAUGGAGAAAACGAAAGUACAUAACGAGCCAGCUGUUCCAAACACAAUGUGCAUCUUUUGUAUUGUUACUCGGGUGAUAAAAGCACGAUAGACAUUAAUCCAAGAUUGCCCUGACGUUAGGUUUGGCAAAAUGUUUGUUCGACCAAAGAUGGCACCAAUACAAAACAUGCGCAUUGUGUUUGGAACAGCUGGUUUGUUGUGUACUUUGGGUUUCUCCAUAAACUGAUGUUAUAAAAUACCCUGUAUCCUGUUUCAGAUAAACAUAUAUUUUCAACUUUAUGCAGGCAAUAUCCCCAUCGUGAGAUUCCAUUAACCAAGUGUCGAGUUUUUAAUUUUCUUGAGUAUGUCGGUCUAUACUUCAUAUGUAAAAGGCCACCCCAAAAGGUCAAUUUGGGUACAGAGAUUAUUUGUGUAAAAGUCUUUUUGUGUUAUACAAAAAGGGAUAAUUGGGUGUGAGAUGGACGAUGUGUUUGAAUAAACCAUUAUAAAUGUACUUAAGUCACAACACCCUAAAGAACCAUAUUGCCUGUAGACCAAGCAAAAACAUUGCUUUCUCAUCCAGUUCGGUUUAAUCGAUAUCUCGAUGAAGUUCAUUAAUUCUUUAACGUCUGUUGAUUGAAUGGUACCAUCUUUUGUACACCUUUUGUACUGGACUAAAUACUGUGCUAAUAAC